AUGCAGAAGAACGUCCGGACGCAGCGUCCUUUGAAAGCCAAUCGACGUCCUGUCAAAACUGCGAAGCCUGGUAAAGCUCUCGGUAAAACACACACCAGAGCCUUUAAAGCCGCUGUCCUGAUCCAAAGAUGGUACCGACGUUAUAUGGCCCGGCUCGAAAUGCGCCGGAGAUGCACGUGGCGCAUUUUUCAAUCCAUAGAAUACGCAGGAGAGCAGGACCAUCUCAAGCUCAACCAUUUCUUUGACUACCUUGUGGACCACUUCAUGUCAAGCAACACUAAAGAGAGGGAAUUCAUUAACCGCGUUUUCUCCGAAAGCGACAUCCCUAAAGAUCCCAAAGUGGAGAAAGCCUGCAACUAUGAAUUGAUCCAGGUGCCACUUCACUACGCAGGGCCCCGUCUUUCCUUCCCUCUCUCGCCGGACCACGCCACUGCCUUACUGGAUGCAUUCAAACAAGAAAAACAGCUCCACGCGCAUUAUGUCCUCAAACUCUUUCAUGAGACUCUGAAGCAUCUCUCUCAGCUGCCAAACAUCAGCAUCAUCUCAACCUGCUACAACGAGGAGAUCACCGUGUGCGGAGACUUGCAUGGCCAGUUGAAUGACUUGUUUCUGAUAUUUUACAAGAACGGCCUUCCGUCUCCAGCAAAGAGAUACGUGUUCAACGGUGACUUUGUGGACCGGGGCAAACAGUCCAUUGAGAUCUUGAUCAUUCUUUUUGCCUUCCUCUUGAUCUACCCAAAGGAGGUCCACCUGAACCGAGGAAACCAUGAGGACUACAUGAUCAACUUACGCUAUGGGUUCACCAAGGAGGUCAUGCGCAAAUACAAGGAACAUGGGAAUAAAAUACUGAAACUGCUCCGGCAUGUCUUCAGCAGCUUGCCGCUGGCCACCCUGAUUGACCGGAAGGUUUUAGUUGUGCAUGGGGGGGUGUCAGACACCACUGAUCUGGAGCAGCUGGCCAGGAUCGACAGGCGUAAGAUUUUCUCUCUGUUAACCCAGAAGAGAAAAAGUGAGAAGAUCCUGCGCCUCAGCGAAGUCGGCCCGGGUAGUGUUUCUGAAGUUUCACACCAGUCGGAUAUUUCCAAGCGAGUGCAGCAGUCAGUGCAGGAAGAACUGGAGUCGUGCCGACGGCAGGCGGGCCUCACCGAGCCCAGAGGACUGGAGCCUUCUAUCGUGUUGAAAUGGAAGAGAGUCCUCGAUAUCCUGUGGAGCGAUCCGCACCCUCAGGAAGGCUGCCGAAUCAACGAAGAGCGAGGAGGGGGCUGCUACUUCGGCCCCGAUGUGACGGCGCGCGUUCUGCAGAAGCACGGCCUCCAGCUCCUCAUCCGCUCCCACGAGUGUAAGCUGGAGGGUUACGAGUUCUGCCACAACCGAAAGGUCAUCACCAUAUUUUCGGCUUCCAACUACUACGCCGUUGGCAGUAACAGAGGUGCCUACGUUAAACUGGGCCCGGACCUGAUCCCUCACUUUGUGCAGUAUCAAGCCAGCAAGAUGGCGUCUCAGCUGACCAUGACACAAAGGAUCAGCCGAGUGGAGGAGACGGCCUACCAAGCGUUACGGGAGAAACUGUUCGCUCACAGGUCAGACCUGACCACUGCUUUCAAGAGCUUUGAUAAGAGCAAUUCAGGUGUGAUCACGUUAAGCGACUGGGCCACCGCUGUCGAGUCGGUCCUCCAUUUGGGGCUGCCCUGGCGGAUGCUGCGGCAGCAGCUGGUGCCCCGCCUCAUCGGUGGGAAGUUGGACUACAACCAUUGGCUGAGACACAUCGCGAUGGAGCAGAAGUCAACAAGCCAGGAGCGCAUGCAGUCGAGUUUGCUGGAGACCAUUUACCGAAACCUGCCCAACCUGGAGACUAUCUUCAGUAUCAUAGACACGGACCAUUCAGGAUUAAUCUCUUUCGAAGAGUUCCACCAGAUCUGGAAGCUGUUCAGCACCCACAUGCACAUCGAUAUCUCAGACAGCAGCAUCUGCGACUUGGCCCGCAGCAUCGAUUUCAACAAGGACGGGAACAUCGACUUCAACGAGUUCCUCGAAGCCUUCCGCAUCACCAAAUGGAACAUGGACUAA